GGCCGGCGGCCGCAGUCUGCCGAGGGGCCGGGCAUGGAGCAGACGCGCGGAGCUCAGCGCCGGGGAGGCUGCAGCUGCUGAGUGCGCCCCGCUCUCGCCCGCCUGCUGCUUCUCUCCCGCCGCGGCGCGCUGCGGGGGACCAUGGGCUGCCCGGCUCGCCUUGCCCUCCUCCUCCUCGCGGCAGGAUUGAGUCUUCACUCUGCACAUUCAGACUUUACAUCCUCUCUCAGUCCUUCUGAGAGAAAUACCAUUACGUCAGAAUCAACUCAAACCACUGUCCCUGUCACCCCUGCUGCUAGCACAAUAGCAGACAAGCUACAAUCAGCAUCAGCAGCAACAGCAACCACUUCAAGAGACAAAGUCACCUCAGGACCAGCAGAACAGGGCAACACCAUAAUCUCCGUAGGCACCACAAAAGAGUUGUCAGCUGCCAAGAAACAUCUUGCCUCUCAUACAGAAAGAGCAGAUGUUUCAGCCACCAGCCCAUCACCGUCAUCAACCACUGGCUCAGAAUCAACAGCCACAGAACACAUCUCCAGGACUUCAGUUGCCAUCCUGACAAAUACAGCAGUUCCAGAUACAGCCACCCCUUCCACAACAGCUCCAGAUACAGCCACCCCUUCCACAACAGCUCCAGAUACAGCCACCCCAGCAACGACCUUCUCUCACCUAACUAAUACCUCGCCUUCAUCGUCAUUGGCAGGUUCUUCCACACAGACCACCAUUACAAAUCAAAACACAAUCCAGCUGCCAAAUGCAUCCACGGCAGCACCUGCUACAGAGGAUGCCCCUACUAAAAAGACGCCCACAGAGUCCUUCUCAUCAGGCCCUGCGAUCAGACAAACAUCUCAAGUAACUUUGGCAACCAAGUCUGUCGCAGAGGCCACCUCCCCUGAGAGCACCACUUUCUCCACAGGAGUAACCAUGGAAGAGGUCCAGCGGGCUUUAAGUUCAGCUGGUGUCCUUUGGGGCUAAGAGUGUGGACAGAGGUGCCGUACACCAGAAGGGAUGAGUGAUCUCUCCUCUAAACACAGACAUUGCGUGGUGCUGGAAAGCCGAGGUGGCUGAAUGAGAUACACCCGGAAAUGGAUUUUGGCUGCUGCUGCUGGCUCGCACUUGGCAGUGGGUGUGUGCCCAUUAUGUGGGAAGAGGGGGAAAAAUAAGUGUUACUAUCCCGGUAAAACAGAGUAGCAGCAUUGCCACAAAAUGACAAUGGGGGCAGAGGGGUUAUUUAAAAUAACCUAGGACAACGAUAAAGUCCACAGUUUCAAAGGUGCUGUGUGAAUGUAGUUAAGAGACUGAAGUAAGAUGGGCACUUGUUGCAGAAGGAAGCCCUGGCUGUCCUUAGCAGUAGUAGGUAAAAGUUCAUUCUUUCAGCGUACAAAAGAGGACACCCAGCUAACCAUGGUGUCAUGGGCAUUGGCAUGGCCACUUCCACAUUUCCCGAGUUCUGCCUGCCUCAGCUGUGCUGAACACUCUGCGCAUCCACACCUGGUGCCGGACACUUGCUCCCUCUUUCUCAGAGGAGGAAUCUUUGUCCCCAGCAGUGGGAAGGGGGGGACAGAGGAGCCAUGUAAGGGAGAAGAGAGGAAUUCCUAAAGAAAAACAGCAGAGAAGAAACUUUGUCAGGGAGAAUGGGAAGUGGAGAGGAGACCUAGCAGGGGCUGGCAGAUGUGACAAGCUGUGGCAGAAAUCUUAACAGGUCUGCAGAAGUCACCUAUUUGCUAGAUAUUUUGUCCAAAAUUUUUCAGAGUAGCUAGUGAGUGUGGCUGCUCAAUUUUCGGCACCUCACAGACAGUGCUGAUCUCCUGCCCUUUGAAAAUCAGGCCCUUCCGCGUGUCUCACGCUGGGCACCCACAGUCACCAGUGGCUUCUGAAAAUCUUGGCCCUAAUUUUUGAGAUUUUUUUUAUAAAAAACUGUAUUUUGGGGGGACCCUUCUGAGCUCUUAAAGUUUUAUUUAAGCUGCUAUAUAAGCACUGAACAGUGUUUUUGCAAAACCAUUUCCCUGUGAAGUAAUUACUGCUUGCGCAGAGGACUGUAUGCUUUUGUGGAUUGUUUUUGGAUGGUUCAGGUUGGAGGUAGGAAGUCGUGAGUCUGUCACUUGGGAUUUAUUUUAAAGGUGGUAAAAAAAGAAAACCAUUGACCGUAUUUUCAUUGUCUGCCAGACUGUGACCUGCGCGUUGCAGGGUCGGUAUUUCAGAACACACACGCUUCCAGUGUUUGCGGUGUUUAUUUUAUCCAAAUCCAUUCUGCUGCCUUUACCAGAGCAUAACGGUUACAAAAAUAUAAAGCUGUCCAACUCAUAUCAAAUAUCUCCCUGCUGCAAAGGGAAAUAUAAAGAUUGCAAGUAUUUCCCCCACCCCCAUGUUAUCAUACCAAGCAGACGAGAGCAUAAAGUGAGCAAGGGAAGUCUUUGUUUGACGUUUGGCCCUGGCAGUCUUCUUAAGCUAAUAGCAAUGCUGAGGGGAAACCCUUUUGUCCACAGGCUGCAGAAUGGAAUCAGUAGGGCAUUGGCAUUGCAGUCUAAGGUGGAGGGGCUGCAAGGCGAAGCCAAUUAACAGGCACCAUUGAAUAACUGUCAGGAAGCCCCCGCGGCCUGUAGCCCGUUGAAUACGUUAUUAGAAGCUGCAGAACCACUGGGCUCAGAAGCUCAUUACUUACGAAUAAACCUG